AGUCUAAAAUAAGACAUUCAAUUGAAAGGUGUAAAAAUCUUCGCAAACUGAACAAACUUCUUACAAUUCGACAUAUCUAGAUAUAUUUUUUUGCAAAUCAACAGGUGUGUGCUCUUGUGCGUCCUUUUUUACUACGUCAGGUGCUGUGCCCAUUUUUAAAUGUAUAGCCACGAAAGCUCAGCAGCUUUUCUAACAUGAUUCCUCCACCAAGGAUUGAAGAUAUGCUCAGAUGGACACAGGCAAGGAAAGCAAUGGAGAAAAAAUGGAGGGUUCCAAUCACCUACAGGCACCAGAAAAAGACGCGGAACUUAACGCCACCCACACUGCAAUAGAAAUGUUAAAUGCCAUCACAACUGUGGUAUCAGAAGACAAUAACGAAAAUGACAAUGGCAAGCUUCCUGAUAUUGUGGCACAAGCAAAAGUAUGCAACGACGAUGAAAUCAAGGAAACUUACUUUUCUAUCACUAUUCAAGUCUUUAUACCAUUCCUGAUUGCAGGAUUUGGUAUGGUAAUGGCUGGCUUGGUUUUAGACAAAAUCCAACAUUGGCCAGUUUUUGAAGAAAUAACAGAAUUAGUGAUUCUUAUACCAGCUCUCCUAGGAUUAAAAGGCAAUAUAGAAAUGACCCUAUCGUCCAGGUUGUCUACGCAAGCCAAUCUAGGCCAUAUGGACACAACCAAACAAAAAAUCAGUAUUAUCGUUGGCAAUUUGACUCUUAUUCAGUGUCAGGCCAUCGUUGUAGGCUUCCUUGGAGCUUUGGUUGCGAUUGUGAUGGGUGGCAUUAAAAGCAACGAAGUAGAACUAGACCAUGCUUAUAUUCUAUGCGCCAGCAGUUUAGUGACAGUGUCAAUUGCCAGUUUUAUCCUAGGACUCAUUACAGCAGGCGUAAUAAUAUGUUCCAGAUAUUGCCAUAUCAAUCCAGAUAAUGUUGCCACGCCUAUUGCAGCUAGUCUGGGCGACUUGACUUCAUUGACCUUACUUUCCUUGGCAUCCACGUUUUUAUACGAAUCAAUUGGUGAGCAAGACUGGCUAGCACCCCUAAUAAUUGCUAUGUAUAUCAUGCUCAUCCCGCUAUGGGUUUGGAUAGCCAAACGAAAUCCUUUGACAAGAGAAGUUCUUUUUCACGGUUGGACUCCCGUAGUGGGAGCAAUGUUCAUCAGCUCGAUGGGAGGGUUGAUUCUGGACUUCAUGGUUUCCAGAUUUGAAGGGAUAGCCGUAUUUUCACCGGUAAUAAACGGUGUGGGAGGUAAUUUAGUAGCCGUGCAAGCCAGCAGAAUAUCAACAGCCCUUCACAAAGAAGCCGAAUUAGGCGAAUUAAAUUCGGAAAACGACGAUGAAGAUGACAGGAAAAUUUUCAUUUCCCCCAUGACGGGCUUUUGUGGAAAGGACGGUCACGCUCGCACCACUAGGAUUUUGAUGGCGAUGGUCAUUCCUGGACACCUCAUAUUCAUCUACACAAUUGACUAUUUAAAGGACGGAGAUACCUCGCUCAGUUCCUUGUUUGUCGUCGUGUAUCUGUUGGCAGCCAUCAUACAAGUAGCUACGUUACUCUAUGUGGCUUACAUUCUAAUUCACUGGAUGUGGAAAAAGAAGAUAGAUCCAGACAACUCAGCUAUACCGUAUCUGACUUCCGUCGGGGAUUUACUUGGAAUUACCUUAUUAGCAAUUGCCUUCCAGUUCUUGUACCUCGUGUCUGAUCACGACGUACAGUCUGAUUAAUAUAGUUUAUUUCUUCUUUUUGUGAUAUAGAAUUUGCAGAAUUGUAUGUUUUAUACAUAGACACACUAAGCCUAUCAUGUUGAGAAUGCAUUAAUAAUUUAUUUUUAAUAGAAAAAAGUUAUCUAUGAAAA